CCGGGAGCCGCGGGGCUCAUCCCCGGGCGAGGGUGACAGCGAGAGCGGGGCAGACGGGGGGGCUAUUUUUGGAAGUUUCUUUGAUGUGAGUCAGCGGUGAAGGCGACCUCGGGAGCCCGUGCAGGAGAAGUCCCAGCGGCAGCGGAGCUGAUUAUUUGUGACAUGGUCCAUCCCGGCUGGGGACAAGGAUCCUGCGUGGGCUGUGCAGCCCUGGAGUGCUUCCACCUCGUGCCAGGGCACAGAGCCCCAACUCCUGCCCAGAGGGGACAGACCCGGACAUGGAUCUGAUGCCAAUGCUCCGGUGAGCAGCGACAGCCACGGGGAGAGCGCUGGAGCCCAUGGAAUAGAGGAGAGGAGCCCCCGGCGCGGCGUCUCCGAGGCAGAGACAGGAGCCGGACAUGCCAGAGCCAGCCCCGCUCGGCGGGGACAGGAAAGCGGCGGAGAAGAAGCGGGUGGAGAAGGUGGGAGCCAAGGGCAGCGCUGCCGGGCCUCCAGUCCCCAGGAGCCUCCCCGUGCAGAGCAAGGUGGAGCCGCCCAGCCUGGACGCUGCGGAGGAGCCGCUGCUCUGGGAAGGGCUCACCCUCAACAAGUGCAUCCUGGUGGCCUCCGUGGUCGCCCUGCUCAGCGUCACCUUCCAGCUGCUCCAAGCGCCAUGCUCCAAGGAGGGACUCGCUCGCGGCCGGCAGGAACCUCCGCCCGCUCCCAUUCCCGAGGUCGUGAGCCCCAAGGUGGAGGAGAUCCCGGAGGUGGUGACUGCCCAGCCUGCGCCGCCACCAGAGAGCAGCGCGGUGGAGGAUGAUGGUGAUGACGAAGACGGUGACGAUGACGAUGACAGCGAAGCUGACAGCAACCUGGCAGAACCCUGGAUCUUCAAGAAGUGGUUUGGCCGCACAACACCAGAGGAUGAGGACAAGGAUGGGGACAAGGAUGGGGACAAGGAUGAGGACAAGGAUGAGGACAAGGAUGAGGAUGAAGACAAGGAUGAAGAACCUGCAGAUGUCCCUGAGGUGCCAAUGGCUGUGAUGGAGGGGAAGAAGAGCCAGGAGAAGCAGGAGAAGCUGGAGAAGGAGGAGGAGGAGGAAGAAAAGGAGGAGAAGGAGGAAGGAAAGGAGGAGAAGGAGGAAGAAAAAGAGGAGAAUGAGGAGGAGGAGGAAGAGGAGGAGGAGGAGGAGAAGAAGAAGGAGAAGAAGAAGGAGAAAGCCUGGGAAGGCCGCGCUGUGCAUGCAGAGCGGAGCAGCCGGAGGGAGGCACGAGCCAAGGACAGGACACCGGGGGACAAACCCGGCAGAGUCCCCAGGGCCCCCAGGGAACCGGAGCAGCAGCCCCAGAGGAAGCGGGACCGGGAGAGGAAGGAGAGGAAGGAGAGACGGCGGGAGCGGGAUGAGCCCAGGAGGGAGGGGUGGAAGGGCCGUCCCGGCAGGGCUGACGGCGGCCGGGAGAGCCCGAGGCGGGACUGGAAGCAGCAGAAGGGCAGGAAGCCCUGGGAGGCGGCGCCGGGCAGGGACGGCAGGGCCAGGGAGGGCAAGAGGCGCGACUGAGGCUGGGGCGGGCGCGGGGCUCGAUGACGCUGGAUCCGGGGAGAUCCGAUCCCACCACUGCCCCCGGCAAGGGACCCCUGCCCCUGCCUGCCCUCCAGAGACACCCCCCGGCAUGGGCAGCACCCCAGGACCCCCGAGCAGCAGCAGAGCAGCCCAGGAGCCUGGCACCAGCCUCCCCGGGGACUUUGGGUCCCCCGGAUCAAAGGCGACCUGAAAGGACUCGUGGAAGGAGCUUCCUGGGCCUCGUUACCUCUCCAUCCCCACCCCAAAUCCCUCUGCAGUUCCUCUCCACUCGUGGUUCCGGGGAUCCCGGUGAACAAAAUUGUGUCCAGACUGUGCAGCUCUCGGGUUAAUGGUUUUAUUGAAAGCAAAUCAAGAGAGAAGAAUAUUCUGAGUUACGGAACCAGGCUGCAGCCGUCCUCAGAGGGACACCAGGGACACAACCCCCGGCCUCACCGAGCCCAGUGCCACUGCUGGGGGUGGCCCAGAAGGUGCUGGUGACAGAGCAGGGCUGGAGCCCUUCCCCCAGGGAUCCCUGCGGGCCUCGCCUUCUCCGAGUCACUUUUAGGAAGGAAACACAAGAGCAAUAUCACACAGCCAGAGACGUUCACAGCCCCGACCCGUGGCAGGUUUCAGUAUUUGCUAAAUCAACAGUGGUUAAAAUAAACUGUUUUCAUUUUUAAUAAAGCAUUCAACUGGAUGUUUAAAAAAAACAUAGAAAAAAAAGGAAAACGAGAAAAGCCCUUGUCCCUGGUUAUGUGUUUUGUCCCUGGUUAUGUGUGUGUGUGUUUUCUGUGCUCCCUGAACCCGAGGGGCUCAGGACUAAACCUCCAGCCGUGCCUCCCCACGGGGACACUGCAAAACCCGAGGAGGAGUAGCCAGGACAAGCCCAGGAGCUGCUUCCCAAGAGUUUGCAUCCCCGCUGAGGGCUGGGCUCAGCUGGAAGAUGAUCCGGGGCAGGCGGCCCGUGCUGAGGCCGCCGGGGACGCGGAGCAGGUGCUCUGGCAGCCGUCUGCUCCCGCUCCCUUUAAUGGUGCGAGCAGCCCGGGAGGUGUAACGGGAUCGCUCCCUCCUCCUCCCCCCGCCGCCGCAGCGGGGUCAGCGCGGGGGGACGCAGAUGUGACCUGGCCGGGAGCCCCAAGCCCCGGCUGCUCCCGGCCCCGGCUCACAGAGACGUGUCCCAGGGCGAGGCGAGGCUCUGCGAGGGGAUUUGGCCUCUUGUUCUGCUGUCACAGGUGGAGCCGUGGGGCCAAGGGGGUCCCGUGGGCUGGAGAAUGGCCAGAGGAUCCUGCAAGGCUUGGAGGAAGCAGCACCUGCCCUUCCCAGCCACUACAGGAGCAGAAAGUGAGGGAUAAAUAAGAAUGGUCCUGCCUGGAUCUGCCAAGCUUUGCCCUCCCCUGUGCCCGCACCCAGCCCAAGCUGCCCCUCGGAGUCAGAGCCCGCGGGCACCUCGGGCAUCCUCGGCAGCAGCAGCGGGGACAGCCCCAGUGGAACUCGGGGCAGCGCCAGGGACAGGCGUGGAUGAACCCAGAACCAGAGCGACACUAACGAGCCAAACCAUGGGGAAAGGACGCACGGGGAGCUCCCGUCUCGGCAAGAAGCACCGGAUCCCGAGCCGGGAGGGCAAACCG